AUGGUGAUGGGGAACGAUCAAGAUGAACAAGAAGAGGUGGAAGUAGUAGAGGAAGAGAAGGAUGAUACAGACAUGCAUGAGCUUGAAGGGAUGAAAGUGGUAGAAGAGACGAUUGAGGAGUAUGAGUGCCCGACAUUUACAUUGACGGAAACUGAAAAGAAGCGGAUUUAUCGACCUUGGAAACGAUGUGUGAUAAUGAAACUUCUUGGAAUAAAGAUUGGUUAUAAGGCUCUUGAAUCAAGGCUGAAGCAGAUGUGGGUGAGGAAAGUUAAAAAGUGGAGGCUAAACUUUGAACCUUCGAGUGACAUCAUUGAUGAAGUUACAGUCUGGGUUAGGGUAUCUGAAUUACCAAUUGAAUUCUAUUAUGCUAGGGUUCUUAGUGGUGUUGGUAAUUGA